ACUACGGUCUGGCGCCAAAUAGAGGAUAUGAAAAGUGGAACUGUGUCGUGGAGCCGUAUAGUUUCUGCCAGAAAGGAUUUCAUAGUCGGCUCCAGCCACGGCGACCUGUGCCUUCGGUCAUCGGCGACAGUGGUGCCAGUGACGAACGGACAGAUGAAGGUUUUGUUGUGGAGCGGUGCUGAGGAGACCACAAAAAGGUCCGACACAGAUAUCUGCGAGAUAGCAGUCUGAGUCGAUAUUUCCUGUGUCUGAUCCAUUCGGAAUUCAUCCGGCGCUGGGGAAUUACCGUUUACGCGCGCGCACUGGCAAUCUGAUUUCAAGAGGUCACUUUGUGAUGAGAGAAAAGUUUGGUGGUUGAACACGUUUGUUGACGUGUGCCAUGCGCACACCUUGCUACCAGGAAGUGUGAUUUUGACAACACCCAUUUCUUAUCGCGCGCAGACCAAAAAAAACUAUCAUAGUUCCUUGACACAGCAGGGCACGGUUUCGCAAAUGUAUGUCUUCUCGCUGCAUGGGCGUUUUCGGGUUUGUAUUCUGUGGUGGUUAUAGCACCUUAGUAGCAGAUGGAAAAUCUGCCGUGGAUGUUGCUGCAUAGCCUACUUGACGAUUGUGCGGAAGCGAGGGACGUAGGCUACAGACCAGCAACCUGUGCGUAAAACAAGCCGAGACAUCUUAUUAGGGGACCGUGACAGGUAUGUCAAGAAUUCCGUUCUUGGUGUGUUGCUGAAGACAAUCAACUCGGAAUUUCGAAGCUCUAUAUUUCACAGUUUUAUGCUGUCAGGACGCCGACGCCCAAGCCUGUGCUUGCAGAUACUGGCCAGGUCUCCCCCGCAGAUGCCCCAUUAAUCAUUAAUGAUCAGUAGGCUAAACUAUGUAGUUAUUUAUGACAUGAACUUACUGAAGAACAACUCAAGGUGCUCUGCACCUAGUGAACUGAGUUAUAAGUUAUGAAGAUUCAUGGGAAGAUUUUGAACCACUACCUCUCCUGCAGUGCCUCCGUGGACAAAGAAGGAUACCUGUACAAGAAGGGAGAAGUGAACACAUCGUAUCAGAAGCGCUGGUGCAUUCUGAAGGGGAACUUGCUGUUCUAUAAGGAGCGUGCGAGCGAGUCGAGCGAGGUGGUGGGGGUGAUCGUUCUGGAGGGCUGCUCCGUGCAGCUUUGCGAGUCCGAGGAGAAGUUUGCCUUCUCGCUGGUCUUCGCCGAGCCGGGGCUACGCACAUACAAGUUUGCGGCCGAGGACCAGACGAGUCAAGAGAGCUGGAUCAAGGCACUGCUGUCAGCCAACUAUGGCUACCUGGCUCUACUGGUGAAAGACCUGCAGAAGCAAUAUCUGGAGGCAGUCAAAGCAGCAGGUGAAGACCCAGCGGACCCCCAGCGAGCAGGGGUAGACGGCAUGGCCCAUGCCCACCCACGAAGCCUCAUCGCUGGGUCCGUCUUCUACACCGGCGCCCCCACCUCCUUAGCUCCAGCUCCCGGAUCAGCCACGGGAGCGAGGGACCCUUCGGCGGCCCAGAGAUCCUCACAGCUCCUGCAGCCUAACGUCCCAUCAAAGGGCGCAGGCAAGAGGUCCCCCAAGCUGUGGCCCAAACGGAACGCUCUGGUCGCCCCCGUCAACGGGCCUGCCCCUCCGCAGGGGGAGUGGUCAAUGGUCACCACAGACGACUUUCUGCAGAUGCAUGAGGAAUACGGGCGAGAGGUGAAGGAACUGAAGGCUGAUUGGCUGAGGAGCAAGCAGCGAGUGACGUCAUCAGCAGCGGACUUGAUUGACCUUGGAUAGUUACGUGGUGGAGGGUUUUAUUUUUAUUUCAUUAUUUUCUUUGUUUUAUUAUUAUCCUUGUGUGGGAGUCGAAUGCCAUGCAAUUUAAACAAACUUGAACUUUAAUCGUAAAUGAAAAGCUGUAUUUAUGAGAGAAGUCUUCCUAUGCUGGUUGUGCAUCAAGCAUUUCCAUUACAUUUUUAUUUAAAAAAUUUUAGUCAUAAUUAUAAUGCAAUCUUUGUCAUAUAUUAUGUACUAAAUACUACAGUAUUUAGUGCAUAUUUGAAGUAUUUAUUUAUUUUGUAAAGAGCACGGAAUGUAGUAGGCUACUAAGUCUCGAGCCUGCACGAAAGUAGUGGAAUACACAUUUAUAUAGUUUAGUGUCUGAUUGAACAGACACUAAACUACGUACGCAAAAAAGCGAAACAGAAAAAGAAACGUGAAUGUGAUCAAUAUCUCACAAGUAAUGGUAUUGGUGCUGACCCUUUCUCACUCGCUCACCACUGACAUGCCAUUGGGCUGCCACAGGAACUCACCAGGCCAGCCAACAGAUAAGGGCAACUUCCAUCAACGUUUGUGGAUGAGCAAAACGCAACUGUGUGUGUGUGUGUGUGUGUGUGUGUGUGUGUGCGCGCUCGGUCUCAACGUGCCAAAUGCCUUAGCCAUUUUAUGCAAUAGUAUAUGGCUAACACACACAGGACAGUACAGGAGGGCAAUGAGUUAUUUCUGUACUCGAUUCGACUCUAAUUAUAUGAUUCCAUCCACAUAUGGGCAUAACGGUUUGGGCUUGAUGUUUCAUUUGCCGAACGCUUAAUAAUGAUAACUUCGAACCAAUAACUACAAUGAUCAGACUCCUAUCCUGCCAUACAAAAAGCAUAUAAAGACACAACGCGCGCGCACACACACACACACACACACAGGCCCGCAGACAGGGGGGACAAAGGGGUAUGUUGUCCCGGGCCCCAGGAGAUAGGGGGUCCCAAUUACAUUGUAUGUCUUGGGUAGGGGGCCCUUUCAGUUGACUUUGUCCUGGGCCCAGCAAAAGCUGUCAGCGGCCCUACACACACACACACACACACACACACACACACACACACACACACACACACACACACGUAAUCACCAGACAGAAGGUUAUACUGAUGCGUAUGACAAGACUGAAUUGAAUGAAUGGCAUGACGUCAUACAUAGACUACUAUGCAACAUGUACGAUAAGCUAAAAUAAACAGCCAACAGAAGCAUGUGGUGCCAAAUAUCUUUGAAAUAUUUUUAUUUCGCUGUUUAUAUUAAGUUUGUUUGGUUGGUUGGUUGUUUGUGAAAGCAUUUCAAGUUUAGUCUAUGCUCUGACAUUUUUUUUAAAAUGGGUAACAGGUUGACUUUAAGACUGUUAUUUUUUUUAAAAAUUCAUUUAGUUUUAUGAAUUGCGUCAAUAAUAAUAAUAAUAUUGUUAGAAUAUGAUAUUAAAGACUUUAUAGUUUACUGUUCACCCUGUGAGUUAUAUUUAUAAGCUUGUGAUAUUUUGUAAUUGGCCACAGAGUAAUGUCACCGUCUGUCAAAGAUGUGGCCAACAAUAAUUAAAAUUCAAUAAUGAUGAACUAUUAUUCUGUAUGCAUUAACUUAAAUCUUUAAUUGUUUAAUUGUAGUCAUAUUGGCUGUCAUGCAGUGUGUUUUUGUAUUAGUAUUAAUUAAAAUUCAUAAAUGAUGUAGCAUAUGUGUGCGUGCGUGUGUGUGUGUGUGUUUGAGCAUGUGAGUAAUGUCCACUGUGCAUGUGCAUUGGAACGGCAUAAGCAAUAAAAGUGACAGAGGAUGUUAUUAGUUUA